AAUGUCCUCCCGAGUAUUCAUCCAGUAAAAGCGCUGAAGGGGUUGGUUCACUCUGCCCUGUGGGCCAGAACUCUUCUCACUGGCUCUGCUGUGCAGCUCCCCCACCCCUUUCCUUUUUUUUUUUUUUUUAAGAUUUUAUUUACUUAUUUUAUGUAUGUGAGUACACUGUCACUGUCUUCAGACACACUAGAAGAGGGAAUCAGGUCCCAUUACAGAUGGUUGUGAGCCACCGUGUGGGAAUUGAACUCAGGACCUCUGGAGGAGAGAGUCAGUGCUCUAACCGCUAAGCCAUCUUUCUAGGAUCUCUCUUCUUAAAAACUACAUUUUGACUAGCACUCUCUUGCCAUCGGGGUAGUCCAUAAUCCCCACAAAAACACUCAUCUGAAUUACACUUUUGUUCUGGGUUUUUCUAAUGAUUUCUCCACACACUACUUGGUAUGCUAUUUUAAAUUCUACAUUCUAAGGCAAAGAGCAUCUUAUUUGCUCUCCCAAACAAUGCUUUCUAUUCCCUCCAAGAUCCUGAUUUUUCAGAUCUUAGCCGAACUAUCACUUUCUCCAAGAGCUUCCCUAGUCUAGCAAUCUUGAUUAGUCCCUCUUCUCUUAGAACUUUUCCCUUGCUAAUUCGCCAAUUCAAGAUCCGCUGCUUAAUAUUUCUGAGUACAGAAAGCUAUUUUGUUUACGUCUGUAUUUCGGUAACUUAACGCACAGUGUGUACUUAUUGGGGGGGUGGGGGGAAGAGUGGGAAAAGCGGCGGCAGACAGAACGCAGUACUCUUGGGGCAGCCAGCGGGUCUCCUAGCGCCACGGCCUAGUUCCCCAGAACAAAGCUGGCCUCGAACCCGAACCUGGGCAAAUCGCCUAAGUCCGGUUCUUCCCGGAGCCAGAGCUGAUGCCCAUCAAACCUCGCCGGACUUGCCAAACAGGCACCACGAAUCCGCGGCGAGCGCCACCCCCACGUACCUUGGACACGGAGGAGGUGGCCAUAGUCCGCGGCCCCGUGUGCCUGCGCACUAUACACUUCCGCGCACCCUGGCGGAAGCAGAGGCGACUUCCGGCGCGGAGGCGGGGCUUGCGGGAAAAGGAGGCAUGGCGUGUGGCUUUCGUAGGUCGAUUGCCUGUCAGCUUUCCAGAGUAUUGGCUCUUCCACCAGAAAGCUUGAUUAAGUCUAUAUCGGCUGUUCCAGUUUCAAAGAAAGAAGAAGUGGCAGAUUUUCAGCUUUCUGUGGAUUCCUUGCUAGAAAACAACAGUCACAAGUCACAGCUAGACACUCAAGAUCAAGCCCAGAGACUGGCAGAGAAGCUUAAGUGUGAUACAGUGGUGACAGCCAUCAGUGCUGGUCCAAGGACUCUAAAUUUCAAAAUAAACAGAGCAUUAUUAACAAAGGCAGUGUUGCAACAAGUAACUGAAGAUGGUUCAAAAUACGGGUUAAAAAGUGAGCUUUUCUCAGAUCUUCCCCAGAAGAGGAUUGUGGUUGAAUUCAGCUCACCUAAUAUUGCCAAAAAAUUUCAUGUUGGUCAUUUGCGCUCCACCAUCAUAGGAAAUUUCAUAGCGAAUCUAAAAGAAGCUUUAGGACACCAAGUGACAAGAAUAAAUUACAUUGGCGAUUGGGGCAUGCAGUUUGGUCUGCUGGGAACUGGUUUCCAGCUGUUUGGCUAUGAAGAGAAACUCCAGGCCAAUCCUUUACAGCAUCUCUUUGAUGUUUAUGUACAAGUUAAUAAAGAAGCAACUGAUGAUAAAAAUGUAACUAAGUUGGCACACGAGUUCUUCCACCGACUAGAACUGGGUGACACGCAGGCCCUGGCCCUGUGGCAGAGAUUCCGGGACUUGAGCAUUGAAGAAUACACCCAGAUUUACAAGCGUCUUGGAAUAUACUUUGAUGAAUAUUCAGGAGAAUCAUUUUAUCGUGAAAAAUCUCAAGAUGUCUUAAAGUUGCUUGACAGCAAAGGACUUCUACAGAAAACAGCAAAGGGGAAUGUAGUAGUAGAUGUCUCUGAGACUGGCGACCUCUCUUCUGUCUGCACCGUGAUGCGAAGUGAUGGAACGUCUCUCUAUGCAACCAGGGACCUUGCAGCUGCCAUACAUCGCAAGGACAAGUACAACUUUGACACAAUGAUUUAUGUUGCAGAUAAAGGGCAAAAAAGGCAUUUCCAGCAAGUAUUCCAAAUGCUGAAGAUCAUGGGACAUGAAUGGGCAGAAAGGUGCCAGCAUGUGCCCUUCGGGAUAGUAAAGGGAAUGAAGACUCGAAGAGGAGAAGUCACUUUUCUGGAAGAUGUCUUAAAUGAAGUUCAAUCAAGGAUGUUACAGAACAUGGCUUCCAUUAAGACAACCAAAAAAAUGGAGAACCCUCGGGAGACCGCAGAGAAGGUGGGGCUGGCAGCUCUCAUCAUCCAGGACUUCAGAGGCUUGCUCUUAUCCGACUAUCAGUUCAGUUGGGAUCGUGUUUUCCAGAGUCGUGGGGACACCGGAGUCUUCCUGCAGUACACCCACGCCCGCCUCUGUAGUCUGGAAGAGACUUUUGGAUGUGGGUAUCUCAAUGACUUCAAUGUUGCUUGUUUACAAGAGCCACAGUCUGUUUCAAUUCUCCAGCAUCUUCUCAGGUUCGAUGAGGUACUUUAUACAGCAUCUCAGGACCUGCAGCCGAAGCACAUCGUUAGUUACCUCUUAACCCUGAGUCACCUUGCAGCUGUGGCACAUAAAACACUCCAAGUGAAAGACAGUCCUCCUGAAGUGGCUGGGGCCAGACUUCACCUUUUCAAAGCUGUCCGUUCUGUCUUAGCCAAUGGAAUGAAACUUCUUGGAAUUACACCUCUCGCAGUCUGUUGAAGCAAAGAAGCAAAGGAAGGACUUGAGGUUACAGGCGACAGACACUGAGCUGGGGCAGCAAUGACCUACGCGGCAGAGACGAGCUUGAGAACUGAACUCUGGGAACUGGGACGUACUUGUACCUGGCUGAAGGUCAAUGUCCCUCAAAGUCAGAGUCUAUUGACUUUAGUUCUUGCCUAAACUAAGAUGGUCAAGAUGACAGAAGUAUAUUCUUAAAUAAUCGUGAUUCCGAAGUCUGAACGAAGUUAAAUAAGCCACAUAUGUACUGGGGGACAGUGGACACCGAACAAACUAAGUCCCUUAUGGGAAUAAAAGUGCUGAGAUAAAGCAGCUGGGUGGAAAUGGCACUCGGGAAGCAGAGACAGGAGGAUCUGUGAGUUCAAGCUAUCCUGGUCUACAGAGAGAGUUCCAGGACAGCCAGGGCUACACAGAGAAACCCUGUCUUGGAAACAAACAAACAAACAAACAAACAAA